UUGGUUUAAUUUUAGUUUUAACUUCGAUUAAGACUCAGAUCAUUUACAGCUUGUAUUUUUGGCUUUUGAAAGUAUUUCAAUCUUAAGAGUCGAAUGUUUUUUACUUUAACAAAAUCAUGAUGAUUUUCUGUACAGUUUUAGUGAUGAUUUUAAGUGCAAAUCUUGUAUCAACAGAUAUCGAUGAUACAACAGACGUCGAGGAUUCAACAGAACAAAUCGAAAAAAUUUCUCAUGGCCUUCCGGUGUUCGACCGAUUCAAAUAUCCUUAUUUUGUUUCUCUUCAAUACCCAGAUCGCACUAACCCAGGUGGAUACCGUCACUUUUGUGGUGGAUCAUUAAUAACAAGGCAAAUCGUGAUAACAGCAGCUCAUUGCCUUUUUAAUCUUCAACAGAUUCCUGGAUUUCGCAUUUUACCAAACUAUCGAAAUACACCGUACAUUGGUCCAAGCGAUCGGACCUUCAAAAUUGCACGCUAUGUAAUAUAUCCAGGUUUCGAUCGCAGAAUCUUUCAACAUGACAUCGCUGUUUUACUAUUGGACCAACCUGAUGCUCGGAAUGGGGCAACUAUUAGACUACCCAUCGCUGACGUGCCUCUUCAAGCACCACUUACAAUAAUAGGCUUUGGUAAAAUUGAAAACGAAAUUGUUCCAAAUGAAUUGCUAUCAGCGGUUGUAUACAAACUUGCUGAUCAAAUUUGCCGUUAUUACAUCGACCCUGCAUUGUACAUUAGAGGUACCAUUUGUGCUGGUAAUGCCAUUAAAUCAGGUAUAUGUACUGGUGACUCGGGUGGACCUUUGAUUCGGGAAGUAAAUGGUAUCAGUUAUCUGCAGGGUAUAUCAUCUACCUAUUUUCCACCCUGUGGCUCGAACCGCGUUUCUAGUUAUGUUAAUGUUCUUCCGUAUUUGGAAUUCAUUAAUCGGGCUGUUUCAUCAUUAACUGGUGGUGGACCGAGAUCUGAUGAGUUCAACAUUCAAUGGACUCAAAAUGAUUCUUACACUACAGAUGGCUCAACUGUUGAUUAUGCUUGACUGAUUUAUUUAAUUUUGUUUUUCAAACUUUCUCGUUUAUGUUUACUCGUUUUUUGCAUUUGUAAACUUUAAUGUUAAAGAUUGAAAUAAAUCAAAUUAGGUUACGAGUUGA